AUGGACCACAUCAAGAACAGCCUCUACAAUCUCGACGUCACGCCUCGCACUCGGACCACCCCGAUGCGCGUCCUUGCCGUCGGGCCCUCCCGCUCCGGUACCGGCUCCUUGCGCGAGGCCCUGAUCCAGCUCGGCUACGACCACACCUACCACGGCUUCGAUACCGUGCUCCAUCCCCCGGACGACAUCCUCUGGCACCGGCUCCGGCUGAAGCGCGAGAGGCUCGGCCCGGGCUCCCUGACGGCCGCCGACUUUGACCAGGUCAUCGGGCACUGCGCCGCCAUCACCGACCACGCCGCCGCCGCCUUCGCCCUCGACCUCAUCGCCGCGUACCCGGACGCCAAGGUCAUUCUCAACGUGCGCAAGGACGUCGACGCGUGGCACCGGAGCGUCGCCGAGACGCUCAUACCGCUGCACCGGAGCUGGGCCUUCUGGGUACGCAGCUGGUUCUGCGCCGAGCUGUUCUGGGUCCAGGUGAGCUUCAUGCGGGGAAACUGGAGCGCCUUCUACAGGGGCGACUUUGACAGGAACGCGCGUUCCGUCCUGAAGGAGCACUGCCGAGCGGUCAGGACGCACGUCGCCCCGGACCAGCUGUUGGAGUGGGAGGUGCAGGACGGAUGGGGGCCGCUCUGCGAGUUCCUCGGCGAGCUGGAGCCCGAUCGACCCUUUCCCACGUUGAAUGCGGGCAGGAAUUAUGCAAAGCUCUACCGUGAACGUAUUGCGCGGGCCGAUCGGAACAUUCGGCAGUUUCUCACGGGGCUCGUACUCGUUGCGACGGUGGCUGCUUCUGCUGCAUACAUUGUGCGUCGUAAUUGA